GCCGGUUGUGUCGUCAUCACAAUCCCUGGAGCGGGGACGGAGCUGGAGGAGGAGGCGGCCGCGGUGCUGGUGUAGCCCGGAGGUCAGACGGAAGAGGGAAGGGGGCGCUGUGCACUCUGUAGGGCCUCGGCUGCCGGGAUCCAGGGAGGCCAGAGCUGGCAUCCGGAAGCCGGAGUGAGCAUGGAGGCCGAGGACGGGCAGGAGCUGCAGGUCGGCUCCCUGGUACCGGUCCUGCUGGAGCAGAUAGUGAAUGACACCCUGGUGGUGACCCUGAGCUGCGGGGAGAGGAGCUACACCGGGGUCCUGCUGGACUGCAGCAAGAAGUCCGGAUUGUUCUGUGUGCCACCAACUUCAGUUCCAAAGAAUGACGACCCACCGUGCAAUAGUACCUGUAACAGUAUUCUUGAAGAUGCCAAUUUUUCACACCCCUUAUCAGAAACUCCUAACAAAGACACUGGUCUCCCCGUCACAAGUAACACUGAUCAAGUUCCUCCCCUCCUUCCACCUCCUGGGUCUGCGCCACCUUAUCCUCCUUACUUUGAAGGUGCUCCUUUCCCUCCUCCUCUGUGGUUGAGGCACUCGUAUAAUCAUUGGGUUCCUCAGCCUCCACCUCGUACUAUUAAAAGGACGAAAAGACGAAUGUCACGAAACAGAGACCCCGGUCGGCUCAUAAUGAGUACGAUAAGGCUUCGGCCUAGGCAGGUCCUUUGUGAAAAGUGUAAAAACACAUUAAAUUCAGAGGAGGCUCCUAAAGAUAAACAGAACCCCAGGAGUAGUAGGAGGCUUCAUGGUGAGGAUAAAGAACGUCAUAAAGGGGAGUCAGAUCCUGAAGAGAAGAAGAUUGGGAAGGAGAGGAGGGAGGAAAACAGUGCCUCUAGAGACUUGGUACAUACGAGUCCCACUAAAGACUUGGUGCAUCGGAGUCCAGUCAUUAAGAUCUCAUACAGUACACCGCAAGGUAAAGGGGAAGUAGUUAAGAUUCCCUCACGUGUACUCGGCUCCGUUAAGCCUUUUUGUCCAAGUAAAGCUCAAGAAAACGGAAGUGGGGACCAUGAAACGUCGAAGGACUUAGACAGUUGUCAAACGCCGAAACGUUUGAUGGACAGAUCAACGAAUAGUCAGGUGGCUUCCAUUCCAAAGUUAAAGUUAAUUAAGCCUUUGCAUUCCAAUGUAGAAGUUCCUCCACCCAAAAUCAGACUAAAGCCUCAAAGGAUUAGCGAUGGACAAAGCGUUUCAAUCUAUAAAUCGGAGCUAAUCGACGAGAUAAACGUUCUUCAGAGCAGCAGGGGGUCGGAGACCGAUUCUUCUGCUUUUUGUAUGGACGAUGCAGCAGAAAGAAGUUAUCACGACGUCUCCUUGGGAAGUUCGGGAGAAGAUGAGGAUUUUAAAGGAUUUCCGCACAGCCAGGAAGGACGCAACUUGAAUCUCUUGGGCAGUUACCGCAAAAGGAAAGCCGAUUCUUCUAGCGCGUCUUUGUGCAGUAAUGACAGUUUGGAGGAAUCAAAGUCUUCUUGCUUGGAAUUGAACAGGAUGGAUUUCUGUGAUAUUAUGCCCGGUGACGAUCUUUCGGUGUCCUCUUCUAAAGAUGAACAGAAAACGGUGCCACCUCUAACGGUUAGACUGCAUUCUAAAAGCGUAUCGAAUUGUAUCACUGUAGAAGGAAAGACGAUUGCUGUGGGGGAUAUAGUGUGGGGGAAAGUCCAUGGCUUUCCGUGGUGGCCCGCACGGAUUCUAAGUAUUAAUGUGAACCAAAAGGAAGAUGGUGAUCCUUCUUGGCAAGAGGCUACAGUCUCGUGGUUUGGUUCUCCAACAACCUCUAGUUUAUCUGUUUCAAAACUCUCUUCUUUCUCUGAAUUUUUUAAACUGAGGUUCAACCGGAAGAAGAAAGGUAUCUACCGUAAAGCUAUUGCAGAAGCUGCCAAGGCUACGAGUCACCUGACUCCGGAAAUUAGGGAACUUUUAAUGCAGUGUGAAACGUAACUUCUACGGCAAAUAAGAGGAUGAGAACACAGCUGUUCUAGUGUUUCACUCCGCCGAUAAACAUCCUGUCAAGCUCCCCUGGAGACUCCUACAGUGGCUGCACUCCUGACAGGAAGAUGAGUAUUCUGGUCACCUGCGAAGGUUGGUCACCGUCACCCGGACACUGACUAGAAGCCUUGUCACAGAGCUGACAUGCGGCGUUCUCAAAGACGUCCAAUCACAACUUAACCUGUCCUGGGGAGGGGGGUGUAGAAACAGUAAACAACCACGAACUUUAAUUUAUUAAAAUUAUUAUUAUUUUUUUUUUUCUUUCUUUGAUUUUUGUUUAAACUACAAUAAAAAAAAUCAAAUUUUGCUGCUGCUUAGUUUACAGGUAAUAGACUAAAGCUAUGAAACCUAACACUAUGAGAUGGAAGUAUUUAAUCAAAGCCUAAACAAAAACAACAAAAUCUGUUUAAUAAGCGUCAUGAAGUUCUUAUUAAAAGGGGUACUCCGGCCCUAAGAUGUCUCAUCCCCUAUCCAAUGGAUAGGGAAUAAGAUGUCUGAUCGUGAGGGUCUCACCCUGCAGGAAUGCGUGGGAACGGAGUUCCUGCACUUUUUCCACAGCAGGAACACUGUUUCCAUUAGCAGGACCAGGCCUUGAGUGGAAAUCUUGGGUGAGUUCCCACACUUUUUUUUCCCCCCAGGACUUGACCCCUGGUCCCACCGCUGGGGACCCCUGCAGUCUCUCAUUCAGCACCCACCUGCCUCGGCUGAACGAAGUGAUGUUCGCUCUGUGUCUGAAGCCUCACGACCACGGGGCCUGACUAUCGUGAUGUCACGACUCCGCC